UCAUCUCUGCUUGAGUCACCUCCAGGUUUCUCAAAAUGGGGCUUUUCUCAGUUAAACUCGGAGGUGACUCAAAGGCCAAGCGCUGGGAGGCCCUCCUCUUUUAUUUCAUUUUCUGAAGCACACGGAACAUCUUUCUGUGCUCUGGGAUGCUGCCUGCAGAGGAGAAACUGGUGGAGGACACCAGGGUGCCGUCCUGGUGCUGAGUAUGGGGAGGGGAGCCCGAGCUCAGCUGUCCUCUGCUGGACCAGCAGUGCUCCUUUUCAGGUCUGUGGAUGUCAUCUCAAGACCAGGCUGGGCCACUGGGGUUUGAAGCAGUGUAUCUCUGGCUGAAAAUACUCCACUCUUCAUAAAGGAAUUGAACUCAGGACCUCGUGUUUGCCAGGUUGCCUGACCUCUUGGGCUGUCCAGAUGAUGUGGAAUGGAGGCUCCAGAAUCCACCUGCCCUGCUCCAGCUGCCAGGGACCAGACAAUUCCUACACCUGGCCCUCCGGGGGCCCCAAGUGGGCAGGCCUCUCCUCGUCUGACCCUGGGGCCCAUCAUCCUGCCUCCGGAGCAGGGCCUGCCACCUGCCAUGAUCCUGAAAGCUCUGCCCAUCCCGCUCUACCAUACAGUGCCUCCUGGGAGCCUCCAGCCACGUGCCCCACUGGUGACAGGCAGUCUGGACGGGGGCAGUGUGCCCUUCAUCCUUAGCCCCCUGCUGCAGCCUGAAGGGUCUGGGCCGACCCAGGCUGGCAAGCCAGCAGCCCCAGCCCUGACAGUGAACAUUGUGGGCACCCUGCCUGUCCUGUCCCCGGGUCUGGGGCCCACGCUGGGCAGCCCAGGCAAGGUGCGGAAUGCUGGCAAGUACCUGUGCCCGCACUGUGGCCGUGACUGCCUGAAGCCCAGUGUUUUGGAGAAGCACAUCCGGUCCCACACGGGCGAGAGGCCCUUUCCCUGUGCCACCUGUGGCAUUGCCUUUAAGACCCAGAGCAACCUGUAUAAGCACAGGAGGACACAGACGCACCUCAACAACUCCCGGCUGUCUUUGGAGUCUGAGGCGGGUGGGAGCAGUGUCUCGGAGGAGGGGGACAGGGCUGGAGAGCCCUCCUCAGCAGACAACAGGCAGGAAAGCUGGAGCCAGAGAACAGGUGAUGGAAAGCCUCUUUCCCCAGGUGCCCAUCUGUCCCUUGGUGUCAAGAACCUGGAUGUGAAGGCAGAAGUUGCUCCCCGCCUAGGGUCCAUACCUGCCCGCAGAGAGGCCCCUACGGACUCCUCCCAGAUGGCAUCGCCUGGGCUCCCGCCGGUCAGCACACUGCCCUGGCGGAAGCUGCCAGAACCAAAGCCAUCCUCCCUGCAGCGGCAGCAGGAGAUAUCCUCGGAGAAGCCCUGGGAUGCCAAGGCUUCCGAGGGCCGGCUAAGGAAGUGUGAGAGCACCGACUCAGGCUACUUGUCUCGCUCGGACAGCGUGGAGCAGCCGCCACUGCCCUCCAGUCCCCUGCACAGCUUGUCGGAGCACAGUGCAGAGUCCGAGGGCGAGGGAGGCGCAGGGCCAGGACCUAGACAUACCAGGGCUGAGCCCACAGCCUCGGGGGCCAGUGUGGAGCUGGAGAAGAAGCGGCUGGAGGAGCGCAUUGCCCAGCUCAUCUCUCACAACCAGGCCGUGGUGGAUGACCCCCAGCUGGACCACGUGCGGCCCCGCAAGACCGUCCUGUCCAAGCAGGGCAGCAUUGACCUACCCAUGCCCUACACCUACAAGGACUCCUUCCACUUUGACAUCCGGGCACUAGAGCCUGGCCGCAGGAGGGCUGCCCUCAGCCCAGCCUGCUCCACCUUCACGGCUCUGGACAAGGCACGGCCCCUCUUCUUCCACUCCGUGCCCACUCAGCUCUCCACCUCUGUGGAAUACGUUCCUGUCACCAGGAGUAACUCACUCCCCUUUGUUGAGGCCUCCAGAACAUGGCCAGAGCCACGAGACCUGCAGGACACCGGCCCCAGGAUUCAGAAGCCGCUGAGCCCCAGGUUGGCCCCAGCCCAACGAGGUUGCCACUCUGGGCUUACCUUGGCAGAUGUCCCCAGCGGCCACCCUCGGGCCCUGGUGAGACAGGCCGCUGUGGAGGAUGUGCCCUGUACCCCCACUGGAGAGCCAGUGGCCCCCACAGAGGACCUGGAUGGAAAGAGAAUCACCCCAGGAGAGGGAGCCGCCCACAAGGGCAGAGCGGCCAGUAAGAAGUGCGGCCAGAGGAAGUCGAAGAUGUUCUCCCAGGACAAGUGGCAGGUGUAUGGCAAUGAGACAUUCAGGAGAAUCUACCAGAAAAUGAAAGCCGGCCAUCAGGGAACUCGGAAAGCCAAGGAUGCACAAGCAGGCCAGGGGACAGAGCUGGACCCUCCUCCACAGAAAGAGGCAGUGGGGUCCAAAGGUGCAGCCCCAUAUCAUGACAGUGGGAUACCUAUCCUUGGUGACAUUUCUAUAGAGACCAAGCCAGGGCCUUGGGCAUGUCUGCCAGCUCCAGAGGGCUCUUUAGAGACUGAGUCCCCUAAGCAGGGGAGCACAGUGGCCAGCACAGGAGGCAGUGAUCAGCACAGGAUGGCCAGGGCCGUGUCAUCUCCCACCCUUGGCAGCAGAGACCCCCCUGGUCCAGGCAACAGAAGCCCUCUGCCUCCUCCAAAUGAACAGCUGGAACUGAGGCUGCAGCUGCCCCCAGCACCUGGGCCCAUCCACGAAGGUGACCUGGGGGCUCCCAGGCCAGCUGUGUCAGACCUCCAGCUGGAAGGAGGCAUUCCUGGAGGUGGGUGUGUGAAGGAGACGUGCCUACGGGCUCCAGCCGUGCUGAGACGGCCUGGGGGUGGCUCUGGGGAGCCCUGGCCUGCGGAGGACAAACUCCCUUCGGAAAGGAAGAAGCCGAAGGUGGAAGGGCUAAGCCCCCCGGAGCAGCCAGGGCCCCAAGGAGCAGAGAUCCCGGGUGGCUCUGCUCAGGGUGCCUCUCUGCCCUCCCAGAGGCAGGACAGUGACCCCAGGGAGACAGCAGGGGUGCCACAGGAGAAUGCCAAGAAGGUGGCUGAUCACUUGGCAUCCUCUGGCACCUUCUUGGCUGCUCCUGCUGCCCAAAGGCAGGCAGGGCUGGAGGACAAGGAGUCCAUGCUGUCCUAUGCCAUGGGGAACCCUGGGCAGCAAUCCCAGCUGGUCACCCAGUCUCAGGCUCCUGUCGCCUUCCCAGCUACGGUAGACAGCACCUUUCUUCCCAAGUACCUCCUCAGGUUACCUCCGGGAGACACCCCCUCCCCUCUGCCUGUCCCCCUGUUGUCCACACAAGGCCAGCACUCAGACCCAGUCCCAGGUGAGGCGGAUGGCAGCCUGGAGGAGCCCAGCUGCUCCAGGUCAAGGGAUGGAAAGAACAAGACUCAAGUGGGAAGGGAAAAGCGAGAGGAGACUGACACGCACGUCCUGGCUUCCAGGGAGUCUCCUGGCUCAGCCACUGGGGCCCCUGGGGAGACAGCUUCUCUCCCACCUCUCUCUACAUGUGACGCCCUUGUAGUUCAGGACAAACGGGGUCAGACCUACGCCACCUGUCACCCUUCCAUAGGCAACAUAUCAGCAAGGGCCGUGACCUCUGAGGGUGUCCUGAAGCUCCAGACAUCCAGCAGGGAACUGCAGGGCCUCCUGGGUGCCCCAGAAGACCCUCCCUUGCAGGUCAGUCCCUGCUGCUCCACCCAGCCUGGCUCCUUCCUCACCACCCAAACAAGGCCACAGCCCUUGCCCCUGGGCCAACCAGCGCUGUCCCUAUCACCCGAUUUAGGGACCCCAGGGAGCUGUGGGGCCCAGAGUCCCUUCCCCUCACUGAAGGCUGAACCCCAGCUCACAUGGUGUUGCCUGCGGCGCAGCCUGCCCCUGCCCCAGGAGCAGAAGGAGAAGGCUGCUUCUGUGUACUCAGCUCUGCACGUCCUUGGCGGCAGUCUUCCGGGUGGAGGUCCUGAUGCCCCGCCCCUGUACGAUGGAAGAUGUACCAGCGGAGAAAGACGAGGAGGAGGACAAGGAGGAGGAGCAGGAACAGGGCCAGCACAGACGCCCCAGCUCUCCUGCCUGAGAGUCUCAGGGAUGAGGUCCCAGGACCAGAUACGGGACCCAGAAUGGAAGAAAGGCCUGUCUUGCAGGAGGGCGAAGAUGACUCGUGGGAACAGCAAGCAGAAAAAACUGAGGAUCAAUCCCAAAAGGUAUGAAGGGAAUUUUUGGCAGAGUCGUGUUCAGCUGAGAGUCGGCAGAUUGCGCAAGCCAUCCUUGGGACUAAGAAGAAGCUCUCCCCCACCCCCACUUGGGCCAGCUUCAUCAGAAGUGGAAGGUCUAAAUCUGCAAGGAGCACCUUCUGGUGUUGUCUCACAGUUGUCUCCUGGUUGCGGGGACAAAGAGGAGAAAGAAGAUGAUUGUAGACAAACCUCAGAAACGGUCUCUCUUGUGACAAGCUCAAGGGCCACCAGAGAAACAGAUCAAUUAACCAGAAAGGAUAUUUCUCCAUCUGCUGGUGAGCCUGGUGACUGUUCGGCUCAGGAGGACACUGCUGCACUGCCUGGAUCGUUUUUGCAGUCUCACACCUGUAUGGCAAUGCCUGAGGAUGACUCUUUGCCCCCUGGCAAAGGUCUUGAUGUUGGAUUGCAGGAGACUCGGCAGCUGCCGCCCCAGGAUCAAGUCUCCACAGAUUCCAAAUCGCGCAUUUUCUCAGAUGCUCGAGAGCCUUCUUCUUCUGAACCCAAAGAAACUUCUCCCUGCCAUGCCGUGGCUACCUCGACAGCUGCCAUUUGUAUUUCUCUAGGGGUGAGAUCAGGUCCCACAAGGCUGGGAAUUCACAGUUCAGAGCCACAUCACCACAAUCAGGUCACAGGGGCAACUCUAGCACAAAGCCCCCUAAAUAGAGGAGCCAUAGCAGAGGGCAUGUCACAGACACUCUCGCCAGGGAAACCUUCAUCCGGACAAACUGUUUCAGGUUCAGCUCCAUUGGACUCUACUGGAAAAACUCAUCUUGAGAUACCAAGUUCAGGACCAAGUUCAGUGAGUUCACACCAAGUAGAAGGGAAGCAGCUGAUUGCUUUUCCUUCCAGGGGCCACUAUGGGUGUGGGGACGUGGCCACCCCGUCCCCUGCUGUAGGAAGCCACAGUGGGGAAAGCCAAGUAUGUGGGUUAAUCACUCUGCAGGCUUGUGUGGUCCCUUCUAAACCUGGGCAGCCUUCAGAAGUCCCUGAAGUUCCUUCUAAGUCCAUCAGGAAAAGGAGUUUGGAAGGAAUGAGAAAGCAGACACGAGUGGAGCUGAGUGACACCAGCAGUGAUGAUGAAGACCGGUUGGUCAUAGAAAUAUGACACUUCCGGAGAAAGACGGUGUAGGACGGUGUCCUACCUGGUGCAGGUAGGACAAAGGUGGACAUAGGUCAUUCUACCUCGCUCCACGCUGGUAGAGUGGCACUAGCUGUGACAACCACAGCGACGCAUGUACUGAUAAGGGGACUCCACCGAGCCAGCGUUCCUGACUUCUCCAUUAGUAAGCUGAGGGUUUGCUUCCAGAUGGGAAGCAUGCUUGGGAUGACUGGGAUAGCUUUAAAGAAAGCUGGGGUGUGAAUGGAGCAUCAAGAUAUUUCUGUUCAUUCUGGAGACAAAAUUCAGAGUCUUUCCAAAAUUGGUUUGGUCCGAGUAAUUCCCUCCUGAGUGGAAGUUGUAAAUACAUCUCAAAAUGCCUAUGAUCUGGUGAAAUGUUGAUUUUUUUAGUGUUGCACAAAUGGUCAAUGCUCGUGUGUGGUCAAAUAACACAAGCACGUACUGCUCUUGUACCUGGUGCUUUUUCUGUGAGACCCUUGAGACCGUUGAUUUUUUUAGUUCUCGCAAAAGAACGCUGUGUUAAAAGUCAAUAGAACAGUCUCUCUGUAAUGAGUCAUUUUUUGAGGGGGAAAAAUUCACUUAUUUUCCUCUGAUUCUUUUUGUCAUAUUGUGCUCUGAGCAAUUUCAAUUAGAGGGUUACAUUUUAGUAAUCUGUGCAGCUUGAAAUGAUGCCUGCUCCUCGUGACGGGAGCCUUUUAGACUUCCUCCAGAAGCUUCAAAGAUACAAAACUAAUUGGAGUUUUGACGCUGUUUUACAUCUCAGUAAUUUUAUUUUGGGGGCUUGGUGUUACUUUGCUGUCAAAUUAAAUCAGCCUCUGUAUCGUGCAAAUCGGAACAGUGCAGAUAAAAUUCCCCAGAAUUCCAAGCCAGUGCACCCCUGUGCUGAGGAAAAUGGCAGAUCGACGUCAGCUAGCCCACUAGGCUGAGCCUCAAAUAUCCUGCCUUCCUUUCCCUCUCCUUAAAUGGGAAAGGAAAAACUUAAAGAGGUUUACAAUGGUACAUUUCAAUAAAAUUUUAUACUUGCUUUUGGUAUGAUUUUGUACAGUUUGAAAUUUAUAGCCAAGCUCUUUCUGCUUAACUUUGAUGUAAUGAUGUUCAUACUACUUCUUGUACUUCAAAGGCAAGGGAGCAAUCAAAACAUCUCACACACCUGAAUACUUCAAUUAGCCCUUGCCUGUGACUAAGUAUGGUCCAAUUUCAAUAUCUUCAUGUGCAUUUUCCAAUUUCGGUGUUAUUUGUAGAAAAUUUCAAUGCAACAUCAGCUUCCCCUGGUUACUUAGCAUAGGUCUGUGGUCAUUUCAUAUGUACUCAUACAUAUCCUAAUGAGGAUAAGCCCAACUAAUAACAACAUAAAAAGGAAGGUAAAAGGACAUUAGACACAAACUUAGUAUCCUUUUAAAACCAAACACAAGCAACGUGGUGGUUCUUUACCCUUUGAAUGACCUAUGCCAGCAUAGGAAAGCAGCCUGAGACCUAGAGGGAGAUAGAUGAAGUCCUGGCUGUCUCUUUAGUGGUGAAAUCAUAGGGAAGAUGGUCCCUGCACCCUAGUUUCCUUAAAUCAGAAAGAGUUGAACAUGAUGAGCUGAAUGAAAGUCUCACCAGGUUCUGAUCCUGGUGAGAGCUAAUGAUGGAGAAGGUGCCCUGCAUUGAAACAUCUAGGCUCCCUGGCUUGGAGAUGUCCCCCAAGGAAAACCAUUGCCCCAGGGCUACUGCUUGGGAGAAAUUUGGGUGCGGAUUGUGAGGAACUGAAACACAGAAAUCUUCAGCGAAUACUACUAUACAGAAUAUGAGCUUAGGGAAACUCCAUUUAAUUUUUCUUCAGAGUCCCAGAAUUUAGGGUGCCAUCACACAGCUUAGAAAUGUUGGCUCAUAGUUCAGAAUGUAAGAAGCAAAACCAGAACACUAAUCUGUGAGUAGAAGAAAACAGAUGUAUGAGUUGAAUUGGCUACUUUUUUCUUGGGAGGCGUUGAUCAGGGGCAGAAGGAAACUACCUUCCAGAUCUUUCUUUCCUGACUUGUCAGCUGGAUCACUGAACCCAAAUCAGUCAGGCACAGCGCUAAAUAACUCUGACCACAGGAUAGCCAUGGAAACUCUAUCCUCCUGUGAGCCAGCAUGGCUGGCUGCCACAGCCUAAUCCUGAACCAACAUGGCAGAAUGCUGAUUUGCAUAUCCUUAACAACCCAGGUCACUUACAAAGGCAGGCAGUUUGUUGUUUUGCUGCGCCUAAUCAUUUAGCUACUGUGUGAUAAUGUUCCUAAGUGUUCCUUACUUUAUAACAACAUGGAUUUGUGAAAAGCUGUAUUUCAAUGGAUCUUUUUUAGAAAAAUAAUUGAUCGUAGGUGUGCUGGCUAUAGAAGGUAUUCUAAACUAAAAUUUUUAUUUGUUUAUUUGCUGUGGGUUUUUUUUUUUUUUUUUUUUUUUAACAGGGUCUUGCUAAGUUGUCCAAGGCUGGGCUUGAAUUCACAGUCCUCCAGCCUUGGUCCCCUUGGUAGCUGGGAUAACAGAAGUGUGCUCCCGGCUAAGAUUUUUUUUUAAAAAUAAAGAAUUCUUUCAUAAAGCAACAAUCUCUGAUUUUUAUCAACCUGAUUUUCCUAUGGGUUUUCUUAAAGUGAAAUGCAAUUAUAGGAAUGCAUUUGAAGGGUAACACCAGCAACCCAUAACCCAAUUUGAGUUACGGAAAAUAAAAUUUCAGUGUUAUCAAUUGAUAAUUACUGCAAUUUUACCUGCUACAAGUGCAUACUGCAUGAUGAUUAAGGGAAAGGAAAUUUUAUUUUAGAACAAGGCAAGCCGGAGUUGAAAGACUAAAGGUUUCCUCUUUCCGCCCCCGCUGUUCAUUUUCUUGUGUUUUCAGCUAAGGGACUUUACUAACCGGUGCCUCAGCUUCCUCCGUGGAGCAUAGCUCUAAGAAUGCGGACAUAGACUGAGUGAAGGACACUUUGGAUUCCUUGGCAUACUCUCAAGGCACAGGUUCAUCCCUUUAAUUGUACCUAUGACUGGCUUCGUCUCACUUUUUAAGAUAUGUGGAGGAGAGCAGUGUCAGCUCCUCCCUUAGGAACAUAAACUAUUAACUGACCCUUAAAAUCAUGUGGUUUUGGUCCACCUUGCUUUAAAGCAUGAUGAAGGGCCGCUCAUCCUUCCUAUUAGAUAUGACCUUUUGAAUUCUAGAUAAAGCUAAUAUUCUCUUGGUUCAUAUAGCAACCGGGAGAAACUGUGACUCACUCGCCAAGUCAUCCACAGGAUGGGGUCGGGCGUUUCUGAGCUCAAAUGGAAACAUGGCCAGUAGCUUGGUGAGUAACCUAGAGCAAGCUAGACUGUCUCGCUGAAACCUCCCUUCCAGAGCUGAGAUUGGAAGAGUAGGCUUGCAAAAUGCAUUGUGACCACAGUCUUCGGCAUGAAAGAUAAAUUAUUUGCAACCUCGUGCCAAACAGUAUUUCUUUGCAUUUACAUUCAUUACUUAGAACGAUCACAUUAUUCAUUUUUUCCCCAGCAUAGAGAUUUGCAUUUUACACAAAAUUUGCCUGGUGCAGCAGAUUUUUAUAGUUAUGGAAACUGUCAUCAUUAUGGGAAUGUGCUGCUGCUCAACUCCCCAGACAUAAUUUAAUAUGGGGAAGAGAAAACGGCCUCCCUGGCCCUAUGGGUGAUCGUAUUUCUACCAACACAGCGAGCAGGGCUUGGGUGUUUUUCUUCACUCCAGUUGUUAUUUCCAUAGUUCAUGUGAGAGAGACACUUUGGCUUUUGAAACACUACAUGUCUCCAUCUUUAAGCAUGAUUUCUUGUCCUUACCUUUCAGAACUCAUUAAACGUUGGUGUUGGGAUAUAGAAAAUCUGGUGUGCUAGAUUUCUACCUUGUGUGAUUCUUUUCAUCCAUGCUUUGUACUUAUGUGGGAAUAUGCAUAGUUUGAUCUGAAGAAGUAUAAGAACAUAUGAACACAUUACUUCACCACUGGGAGAAAUGGAGACAGGAAAAAUCGUCAGCUGCUAUCUCUUGGAGUUCUUGAGGGUGACUUACUAUUUCACAGAUGCAGUCAACUGUCACGACUUACAACUGCUUGUUCAUAAUCAGGGGAAGCAAUUGGCUUGUUGGUUGUGUGUUGAAGUUUAUUUCUUUAUGUGGUUAAACUACUUUGUUUUGAUAAAAAUAAAACUUAAAAUAAAAAUGCCUUUUGUGACUUAUUAACAUUUUAACUGAACAAAGAAU